GGGAAAGGUGAGGACGUAGAGGGGGUCAGGCCUUGUCCCUAUCUGUGUCCGGAUCCGAAGAGGGAAGACCCCUUGGGAAAUGCACGGGGUCGCGGGCCGCUCUCCCACCCCACGAGCGACAUGAUCUGUCCUCGCGGGGAGGUGGCCCCCGGGAGCGGGUCCGGACCGGAGCCCUCUGCACCCCCACUCCCGGCUGCCUCCAUCACUGUCGGACCCCAAAGAUGAUGUGUGCGGAACCCGCUCGGAGGCGACGGAUCCGGCUGGAGACAUCCCGGGGCACGUGGGCAAGGCCAGGGGCGCCCCCGAGUCUUUUCCGAGGCCGCCGGUACGGAGGUGGCGUGAGGGGCCCCAGGUGGCCGCGAGGAAGUGAGGUCCGGGCCGCGCCCACCCGACUCCUCCUCCUGCGGCGCAGGGCGUGUUUCCGGCAGCGCUGGCUUUGGAAUGACUCAGUCCUCGAGGCCCGGGCCCAGCCCGUCUGGGAUUAACCCACAGCCCCUGGGUUUCGCGGGAUCCUGGGUUCCCCCUGGGAGCCGACGCCCCGGGCUGUGCCCUUCUCGGCCUUCGGUGUCUGAACAUAGUGCUGGACUUCUGGGCAGUUUUCAACGUUUCAGUGAAUGUUUUUUUCAUACAGCUUUGUACAGUCUUCAGGAAGAUUUUAAGUCAGCCUUGGAGGAUGCUGGAGAUAAACUUGUAGUAGUUGAUUUCUCAGCCACAUGGUGUGGGCCUUGCAAAAUGAUCAAGCCUUUUUUCCAUUCCCUCUCUGAAAAGUAUAGCAAGGUGGUGUUCCUUGAAGUAGAUGUGGAUGACUGUCAGGAUGUUGCUGCAGAUUGUGAAGUCAAAUGCAUGCCAACAUUUCAGUUUUAUAAAAAGGGACAAAAGGUGGGUGAAUUUUCUGGCGCUAAUAAGGAAAAGCUUGAAGCCACCAUUAAUGAAUUAAGCUAAUCAUGUUUUCUGAAAACAUAACCAGCCAUCAGCUGCUUAAAAUUUACCUUGUAAUUUUUUUAUUUACAAAAAAGAAAGAUCACGUAUGAAGACUAUAUACCCAACUGCCAUCUGAUUAUAAAUGACAAUAAAAUAUUAAUUCUACCCUUUUUAAAA